AUGGAAGAAAAUCCAACAAUGGUCACAGAGUUCAUCCUUCUGGGAUUUGGUCUCGGACCUAGGAUUCAUAGAGUCCUUUUCGGAAUGUUCUCUUUCUUCUAUUCCUUCACGUUACUGAGUAACGGAGUCAUCUUGGGGUUCAUCUGCCUGGACCCCAGACUGCACACCCCCAUGUACUUCUUCCUCUCCCACCUGGCCAUCGUCCAUAUCGCCUACGCCUGCAACACGGUGCCCCUGACGCUGGCUGUGAACCUCUUGAAACCUGCCAAGCCCAUCUCCUUUGCCGGCUGCAUGGCGCAGACCUUUCUCUUCCUGACCUUUGCACAUACAGAAUGCCUCCUCCUGGUGGCUGUGUCUGUUAUCAUGAGCUGCAGAGUCUGCAUCUCUCUGGUUGCCACUUCCUGGACAUGCGGCUCCCUCCUGGCUCUGGUCCAUGUGAGUCUCAUCCUGAGGCUGCCCUUCUGUGGACCUCAUGAAAUCAACCACUUCUUCUGUGAAAUCCUGUCUGUGCUCAAGCUGGCCUGUGCUGACACCAGGCUCAAUGUAGUCAUCAUCUUCGCAGCCUGUGUGUUCAUCCUAGUGGGCCCCCUGUGCCUGGUGCUGGUCCCCUACACGCGCAUCCUGCUGGCCAUUCUGAGGAUCCAGUCAGGGGCAGGCCGCAGGAAGGCCUUCUCCACCUGCUCCUCCCACCUCUGCGUGGUGGGGCUCUUCUUUGGCAGUGCCAUUGUCAUGUACAUGGCUCCCAAGUCCAGCCACCCUGAGGAGCAGCAGAAGAUCCUCUCACUGUUCUAUAGCCUUUUCAACCCCAUGCUGAACCCCCUGAUCUACAGCCUGAGGAAUGCAGAGGUCAAGGGCGCCCUGUGGAGGGUGCUGUGUAAGGAAAUUCUAUCCUAG